AGAGGAUCUUCUGACAUCUAGUGGUUGAAGAGACUGGCAUUUCAGUCGGUGGAAUAAAGAAGAACUGGAUAAACAAGGUUCACAAGCUCCGUGCUAGAAAAAUGAAAAUGUAAAGAAUCCUUCAGUCUUCAACCUCCAUAGACAAGGAAUGUAAUUUGUAAUACUUAGGGAUCUUCAGUUGAAUAUGACCGACUUUGGAGUGUCUGUGCAGCAGCUCAAUGACCUUUUGUCAGACGAAAAUGGCCACUUCAGCAUGCCAUCUAGGGAUUUCAAUGAAGUCUACCCCAGGAUUCUGCUUGGAAAUGAGUCUGUGGCCAGAAAUGUGAAACUCUUGCAACAACUGAGAGUGACCCACGUUCUUAAUGCUGCAGAAGGAGACUCGUACAUGCAUGUGAAGACAGGUGCAGAAUAUUAUGUGGGUACAGACAUUAUUUACCAUGGAAUACCAGCCAAUGACAUAGACUAUUUUAAUCUCAGCAUAUACUUUGAAGAGUGUGCAGACUUCAUAGCACAGGCCCUGGCAUAUAAAGGAGACAGAGGGAAGGUGUAUGUGCACUGCCAGAAGGGUUACAGUCGCUCAGCAACAGUCGUCGUUGCUUACCUGAUGUUGAGACACAAGCUGGAUGUACGAGCCGCUUUGGCUACGGUGAGAGAGAAGCGGGAGAUCGGACCUAAUGAUGGUUUUCUGUACCAGCUCUGUCAACUCAAUGACAGACUGGAAAAUGAGGGCAAGUUAUAAAGCAGAGAAGGUAAAUCAUUUUCAAGGAGAUCAGGAUCCACAUCACUGCUGGCUUUCAGAGCCUAUGGAGAGAAGAGGGAGAUACACAGAGACACAUGACCUAGGUGGCAUGACUGCACUGAGCUUCUCACACUGAUUAACGCAUUAUAUUACAAGCUUUGCAUGUAACACACCCAGUUUCUCAAAGUGGAAAAUAAAAAAAACACAUUUAAUUGAUUCCUGUUAGCUGGGUCAUAUAAAAAGUCCUGAUAUCCUUACACAGAGGGUAAAUAUAUUUGUUUCUUUAUGUUAGUAGGAUUUUUUUUGAGGUGUUCACUGUACUAUAUUUAUGUUUUAGUGCUUAAAAGAGCAAAGAGUAGUGUCUAUGUACAGUAAGCCACAGAGAGGGCAAGUGGAGGACAAAUUUUUUACAUAUUGAACACUUGGCACCUACCUAUAUACCUAUAUAUAUAUACACACAUAGUACUGUGCAAAGGUUUUAGGCACAUGCAAAGAAUGCUCUAGAGCAAAGAUGCCUUGAAAAAUAAUUAAAUUAAAUGUUUCUACAUUAAAAAAUACAAUAAAGAGCAGUAAACAGUAAUAAAUGAAACAGUCAGUAUUAAGUGUGAUGACCCUUUGCUUUAACAAAUAGUAGUCUCAGGUACAAUGUGUGCAGUUUUAUAAGGAAAUGAGCUGUAAGUGUUACUGAGUAUCUUGCAGAAGCAGCCACAGCUCUUCUGGAGACUUUGACUGUCACACUUGCUUCUUAUUUUUGCAGCAAAACCCAGCAGCCUCCAUUAUGUUUUUUUUUUUUUUUUUUUUUGUCUGAAAAAUGGUCUUUUUUCUUUUACUUAAUAUGCUGCUUACUUACAUACAAAUUGACAUACAAAAUUUUUUUCUGUAACAUUUCAUUUUGUGCUGGAAAACUAAUGUUUGGAAUCUAAAAUGUUUUUGUACUGCUGCUGCUACUACUACUAGCUGGGAUAUAUAUA